AUGUCUGACCGCACUACCUGGGGCGAGAAGGCCCAUGUGGACCUGCUGCUUGCGAUUCUCAAUCACAUCGCAAUCUCCAACUUAGACUGGGACAGUAAGAUCCUGCCCGAGCUGCGAGCCAAGGGCUACACUUACACCCUCUCGGCUGCUCUGUAUGCGCUUUCCACCCAACUCAUCGGGUCCUACCGCCUUCCUACAAGAAGCUCCCUUGUACAACACACGAAUCUUCAACCUCCAGCCCCAACCCUCUACACCGGCCCUGCCUUCAAGUGGGAUCCUGCUUCAGAGCGCGAUCUCUUCGCUGCUUGUCUCGUCGCGGCUGACGAGCCGAAGGGUGCCACCUUGGUGAAGGCCAUGGAAAUCCUCGAGGAGAACUUCGGAGAGCGCUUCACCAAGAAGGCUGCCUCUCACAGACUUCAGCACCUUCAAAAGUUGAAGCGCAAGGAGGGAGGCGGAGCCCCAAAGAAGACAACCACCUCCAACAAGCGCACCAAGUCCGCCACUGAGGGUGACGAUGACGAGUCCCCGAAGAAGAAGAAGCAGCGCAAGGCGCCCAACAAGGCCGCUUCUGGUCAGUCAGACGACCAUGAUGACGACGAGGGCGUCGAGCUGCAGCUCAAGAACGAGGAGGAGUAA